AUGGUAAGAGCCUGGGUAGUAGGUUGGCUGUUGGAGGAAUGCCUCCCGUAUCAGGUGACCCAUUGCCCCACGGCCUUUGCUCCUCACCUAGCUCGCAGCGAGGGAGUGCUCCUGGCGGGCGCUGUAUCCCGUGUCACAAAAGCACCUUUCUACACAACAGGAGUACAGAGAAUGGGCCACAGCACAGUGGUUCUCCUUGGGUCGGCUCCAGACUGCCGUAGUUGGGUUUCAGACCUCCCCCUGUGCUUCCAGCAAACACCCUCAUUGGUGGGGAUGUUCUUUCGCCCAAGCCUGGCAGAGAUAUCACAGAGACCUGGAACUCCUGGUGCUGCCUCCAAGCCACCGCUAGAGAAGAUAAAUGACCAUACCACUGGUGCAGAACUGGCUAAGACGACACCCAAACCAAAGUACCAGUACACCAAGAAGCCCGUCCCUCAGAUCACCGUGCACAGCCCCGUGACCACCAGCAUGCCCAAGACUCACAAGAUUCAGCCGAGUGCAAACCCUGUGGAGCCCCAUCCACUGCCCCCAACGGAGAACGUCGAUCCACAGUACUACACAGAGAGGACGGAGCCCCCUGGUGCCGGCCCGGAGAACUACACUCUAGAUUACAACGAGUGCUACUUCAACUUCUGUGAGUGCUGCCCACCUGAGAGAGGCCCCCGGGGGCCGAAGGGAGACAGAGGUCCUCCAGGACCACUCGGUGACCGAGGCUUUACAGGAGCAGCUGGUUUACCUGGCCCAACAGGGGUGAGUGGCCCUAUGGGCCUAAGAGGGGACAAAGGGGAGAAAGGUGACAGAGGAGGCAGUGGGACCGGCGGCCCACCAGGAGCUCCAGGGAAACCAGGACAAAAAGGUGAUGUUGGCUCAAAAGGUGAGAAAGGUGAAAUAGGGUGGCAAGGUGUUAAAGGUGAUAGUGGGGGGAAAGGGGAACCUGGUCAGAAUGGGACUGCUGGUGAGAAAGGAGAACCUGGAAAAGAGGGGCCAGUGGGACCUCCAGGAGUGGCUGUUGAGAUCGGUCCCAAAGGAGACAAGGGGGAUAAGGGAGAGUGUGGCACGUUCGGGGAUAGAGGACAGAAAGGAGAACGAGGAGAUCCUGGGAGUCCUGGAAUCCCAGGAGCAAUGGGUAUUCCAGGAAUGGACGGCAAGCAUGGUUCCCCAGGUCCUGUAGGGGUCCGAGGGGAUCAGGGGCCUACUGGACCACCAGGAGAACCAGGGUUUAGAGGACCUCAAGGACCACAAGGCAUAAGAGGGAUGCUUGGGCCCAAAGGGGACAGAGGUUACCCUGGGAUGAGAGGUGAGCGGGGCUUUCGUGGACUGAAAGGAGCAAAGGGAUCGUGGGUUCCCCAGAAACGCUCAGCCUUCAGUGUCGGUAUCUCCCCGAGGAAGUCCUUCCCUCCCUCCGGCUUCCCGAUCCGCUUCGACAAAAUCUUCUACAACGAAGAGAACCACUUUAACGUCACCUCCAACAGCUUCACAUGCGUCCACUCUGGGGUUUAUGUCUUCUCCUUUCAAAUCACUGUACGCAACCAACCGCUGCGAGCCACGCUGGUGGUGAACGGGUCGCGGCGGGUACGAACGCGGGACUCUCUGUACGGCCAGGACAUCGACCAGGCGUCCAGUCUGGUGGUGCUGCGGCUGGCGGAGGGGGAUCAGGUCUGGAUGGAGACCCUCAGAGACUGGAAUGGAGCGUAUGCCAGCAGUGAGGACGACAGCAUCUUCUCUGGCUUCCUGCUUUACUCAGACAAGGCCUGAUCCUGAAAAUAUUCUCUUCUGGACUGUUUCAACUUGAUCCCUAAAAAGGACAAAUACUGGUGGUGCUACAUUAUACUCAUUACAACCUG